UGGAAACAUGCUCAUAUCUCUUAUCUUUGGGUCUAACUGGAGGCUUUUACAGCAUAGUGGACUACCUCUCUCCGGCGGCUCACUUCGGCGGAAAUGUUACGGAAAGACCAAGUUGCCGAUCGUCGAGGAUCUGCGAUAGCCACAUCGACAUGGCCACAGCGCAUGUGUACUUGUGGCUAUGGCCAUUAUUUUGUGAAGGUAUCAAGAUCUCACAAAAAUCCUGGCUGUGCAUAUUAUGUUUGCCCCCCGGCCCGUGCAAUGUGUUAAUCGGACUGGUUAGUGUGACGAAUCAGGACCAUGACCCUGGGUCAACCGAUGUCAUGCAGUUACGAGCUGAUGUAGUGCACAUUAUUAGUACGUUGCGUGUAAUGAAAACGGUGAUUUGUGUGUUGUGUGUCAUGGUCAUCAUCUUAUUAUUGCAAAUGUAAACCCCGUAAAUCAUUACCCUUGUACAUAAGUACUGUUUUGAAGAAGUAAUGUUUUGAACAUGUAACUGCAUUGUGAUCGUUUGUAUGUCAACGCUAUAUGUUGUUAGUAAUUAUCGUACUAGUUUUGUUUAACUUUGUGAAAGUUGUCUUUUUCAUAUGGUUCAUAGUUUAUUGUCUGAAAUGUAUUCAUCAACUGGGUUCUAAUGUAUACAAUACGUCCUCACAUUAGUCGAAUGACUGCAACAUAGUCGUCUCCUUGCACCCCGUCUAAGAAUAAAAGGGUUGGCCCAUCAGUUACUGAAGGAAUUGUUGAUGACUUCAAUCAUGCACAUAAGGCGAACUGGGACAAUGCAGUGUGUUAGGGACGCAAUAUUAGCGGGCCGAUGGGUAGGUACAACCAUAACCAAAACAGGGUAUAACGAAAUUGCACUAAAAUUCGCUAAGCACACGGGUAGACGUCAUGAAAUUACACGGCUGAAGAACGAGUACAACAAUUUGAAAAGGGAAUGGCAGGCUUGGAACAAGUUGAUGGAUAGCAGUAAGGGUGUGACAGGGAUUGGGUUUGACUGGGAAAUCGGGUUGUUCACAACGUUAGAAGAAUGGUGGGAAAAUCUUAAAUCGACAAACAAGAUAGCUUAUAAAUUCAAGACGAAACCAUUGGAGCAUGAAGAGUUUAUGCACGAAGUAUUCGCCGGUGCAACUGCGACUGGCAAACACCAUUGGACACCGGGGGGAAGGCUGCUGAUGUUGGCGAAGGCGAAUCCGACUCAGUGGACUCUCCUGGGUUGGUACCAUUUACCAAGCCAUAUAGAUCGGUUGUUCACUCACCUCCAAACUCCCCCACCGUCCACCUUGAAGAAGCAGACCCUGGGACAAAGAGGAAAAAUAGAGGUAACACUAGUGGAAAGUCGAAAAAGAUCUCUAGUGGAGCAUCAGUGCUUGCGGAUAGUUUUAAUCAUCUGUCUAAGGCGAUUUAAGCACAGAAGCACCUGACGGUCAGGCACGGAAUUGGUGCAUCGCAGAAGUAUGGCAUUGAGCCAUGUAUGCAACAGCUUAUGGCUAUCCCGGACUUCAUCAGUACCCCCCUAUUCCAUUUCGCCUGCAUUGUGUUAGAGAAUGCGGAUUAUCAGGGAAAUAUUGAUAUGCGUGCUAGAUGAUGAGAAUGUAGUUAGUUGGCUUGCGACAUUACAGGCUUCAAAAGGGCUGUGAGUACUUGGGUUUGGUCCGUUAGGCAAAAAUAGGACCGGAAAUGAUUUGUUGUAGUGUGGUUUUUGUGGACAAAUUCUGUGGGUAUCUCUUUUGUUUUGUUUUGUGUGGUUACACUGCGCUGUAGUUACUGUUACUUUGUGUUUGGUGAACGCUACCUACUUUUGUGUUACACAAUAUAGGACCAUGGUGUAACCUUUACUUUUUUGGCAUUGUGAACUUUAAUGGUUGAAUGUAAUGUAAUGGAGAGUUGAUGUGUUCAACUUUAAUGGUUCAAAUAUGCUUAGUUUACAAGUGGAUAAUUGAUGUGAGUGUUGUGUGCAUUGUAGGAGUCAUCAAUUGCGAAAUGUGGAAAGGUGAAAAAAGCAACUACGGAAAUUACGAUGAUGUAAUCAUCGAACUCGUUGAAGAAGAAGAAGACCUACAAAACAACGUAAUCGGUGAUGCUGCGCAGCAUGUAAUGGAAUAUUACCUGAAGUACAUAAAGAAGAUCCCAUGCCGAACUUCUGUUAUGACCGGUCGUGCCUGAAUUCAAGAAUUAUUUGAUGGGCACGUAUGUAGGGGUGAGCAAAAUUUGCAUAUACCGCUGUAUGUGUUUCAAUCGUUGUGUGACACAUUGCGAAGCGACUUCGGUUUACGGGUACCUACAAGACCCCAUGGAUUACACAGUGAAGAAAGUGUUGCGAUGUUCAUCCAUACGUUGGACGGCUGCACUAACCGAAAAAUUCAGGAAUGAUUCCAACACUCGGGAGAAAUGUGUCUCGACAUUUCCAUGCAGUGUUGGAAGCAAUGAAGUUGUUCACAGAAGUGCAUUGUAAGCCCACUAGAGAUCAAAAUAAUAGGCAUCCAUAUUAGCGAUCCAGAGGGAAAUACAUGCCUUUCAAGGUUACCAUAUUAGUUACCGUUAUUAGUUA